GAGCAUCACUGAAGAGACAUUAUUUGUCGAAAUGCGCAUCUGGUGCAUCAAAAUUGUUACCGUAUAAGUUUUACAUUAUGGAAGUUAUGAGAUAAUCGCUGUUCGUUAUCUUUAUCUUUCAUCAAUUUAUGCAUUGUUAAACUUGUGAGUGGAUAUAUUAUGAGGAUGAACAAACUCAACUCACGGAGGAAAUGACACUAAAACCUCUAGGACACAUUGCGCAUUGUUAAACACAAGCACGAUUCAGAUUAUGUGGAUUUUAUUGACACAACAUUGUAUUCCAAAACUGAUUGAAACAGAUGCGCAAAAAGGAGAUACUGUGACAUGCCAUUCAAUUUGAAGAACUUGAGAAGUUAAAAGAAAAUGAUGAGGGUGGUUGACUGACUAUUGAGCAUUUGUAAAUAUAAAUGCAAAAAUAGACUUCUAUCUGUUGAGAUAUCUGGGAAUGAAGAUUAACUUAUCUAUAAGAUCUAUGAAGUAUUAGGAAAUUUGAAUAUUGUGCAACUUUUAAAAUUCUAAUGUACUUAACGGUUCAAUCUUGACGGAACAAUUUGUGGUGAAGAGCUUCCGAAUAAGUUACACCAUGUUUUACCUGACAUUUGUGAUAACUCUUUGUGUCUACCUGAGAUGUACAGGUGUCUAUUUAUCAUAUGUGUUGCAGAGUGGUAGGACGACCACAGGGAACACAGGCCCAUUAAGGAGUAGUGAAGGAAAGUAUUAUAUCUAUAUUGAAGCCGACAGCAGAAGAAAUAUGACAGCUCGAGUGGUAUCGAAGUUUGACCUACAAGAUACCAACGUGACAUUCAGCAUGCAGUACCAUAUGUAUGGAAGCAACAUCGGGACAUUAACAGUUUUCCUUAGAAAUAGAACUCGAGGGGAGUUGAUUAUUUUUAGAAUAUCUGGAAAUCAAAGGACUAGACAAUGGAUAUCUUUCGAAGAAACUUUCAUUGUAGAAGGAACAUGGCAGCUUUGCAUUGAAGCCAUCACUAAGAAUGAAAAUGAAAAUAAGGGAGAUAUCGCUAUUGAUGACGUCAGGAUACGGAUAAACGAAAAUGAUUUCAAGAAGACCUGGAUGAAUUUAAAUGAGAGAUGUAUAAGAAAUCUUGGGUCUUACCCCCUUACAAAAGACCAGGUACCAAACACGCCGUGUUUAUCCAUUGACCAGGAGAGAUGGACAGGUAUCGUUAGACCACAGAGGAACGGACCCACCGACAGGGUUCUAGAGAGAAGUCCAAGCGCUGGGAAGGUGUUUAGAUUUUCCGGGGAUAUGUCAAUUUACACCUGGGAGACUUUUGACAGAGAUACAUUACGCCCGUUUGUUUGUGAAAAACUUACAGGUAACUUCUCAGAUGGAAAUUACUCGUGUUCCAUGUAUUCAAAAGCAAAGGACGCACAUUCAAGUCAAAAUGCUGAAGUCAGUGGAAUCAACAGUAAAGAAAUGGAUUCAAAAGAAACAUGCACAGUGUAUGAGGAAGAAAGUUUCUUCUCCGCGAGUGCCUCCGAGGAAUCUAACGAAAUACCAUUGAUUCUUCUACCUGUUGCUGCUGCCUUUGCUACACUUCUUGUCAUAAUCAUCGUAGUAAUGCAUCUCUACUACAGCCGGAAAGAGAUGAGAUGUAUAAAACACGACAACAUACCCGGUACAGAAGUGUCAUAUGUGAAUGUUACGCAAAAGAACACAGCUAAGACGCCAUCAACACAAAUUGUUUCCACAGAAAAGCAACCGCAGAAUGUAUCCACGCCACAAAACACUACAGCAGAUAGAAUGACUGGUCCUUCCUCAGGGGAAGAACACGUUAAUAAGGAAGUGGACAGUAUAGAAGUAAGGACACGAUCAUUUGAAAAUGAUGGAAGAAUGGAGUAUGAAAAUCCGGAGCAUUACGAGCAUCUCAUAAAGGAAAACAGGGAACCGGCGUGUUACGAAGAUCUGAAAACGGAGAAAAGAGAGCCGGCAUGUUACGAAGAUCUGAAAACGGAGAAAAGAGAGUCAGCAUGUUACGAAGAUCUGAAAACGGAGAAAAGAGAGUCAGCAUGUUACGAAGAUCUCAAAACGAAGAAAACAGAACCAGCAUGUUACGAAGAUCUCAAAACGGAGAAAACAGAACCGCCAUGCUACGACCGCCUGAAAACGGAAAAGUGACAGAUGGUAUUUUGAAAUACAUGUAUGAACACCUUAUUUAUGUUUUACACAGAUUAUGUCCUUUUGUUGUCGAAUUUUGUUAUUGACCCAUGUAUUAAGUUUAUAACAAUCACCUUUCUGUACGUCUUUUCAUUGGCCUAUUUAUGUUAUGAGGUCGAUCAUUGUUCGUUAUCUUCACCUUUCAUAUAAAGAAAAUAAUUAUUUGUCCUGAGGAAGGAACAGGUCGUCCCGAGUAAAACAAGGUAAGGUAUUGGCCGAAAUAUGUUGCGUUUCUAAAUUCCAUAAAACUUCACAGAGUCAAAAUCCUAGGAUCUAUACAGUUCAUUGGUAUAUAAUCUAUCUAUGUAUAUUUGAUGUAACAAAUAAAAAUUAUAUGCUAAAAACGGCGUCUUUAUAUACAAAGCGUCAUCUAUUUGAAAAUGACUUCAUAGUAUGUAGUUGAAUUGCAACGCAUAGGAAUUUAUUAUUUUUAAAUUGUGAAAUACUU